AUGGGAGCUGUACUGGGAGCUUUCUCAUUCGCCAGCUGGGUGAGUUCUCAUUUAGAUAUGACUCCUUUUUAACUGUUCUUUAUCAACCAGUACAGAGAACAGCAGGUGACACCUGUCCACAGCGCACACCUCCAGUCCUAACCCCAUCAGGGCACUGAAUGAUAGUAGGCUAUGCCUAUGUCUCGUUAGAUUUGCCUGUUACGUACAGUACAUGCCACUGUUGUCCUCCCUCUUUUGCUGCCAAGAUGUUUUGUGUUUAGGUAUGUGUCUGUUGAUGCUGUCCUUGUUGCUGUUGAUCUGUUUUUUUGUACAGAAUUAGACUGAAGACAAAUUUCCACUUGUAGACAAUAAAUGAACGAACUAACUGACUAACGAACUAAACCUCAUUUCAUAUAUGUGCAGAUUUAAGCUCCGCGCCGCUCCACACUGUCUGGAUCUACUGACUGAGAUUUCAGGUUACUCUGAUUAUGACCUGACUCACUAAACACACUUGUCCGAGUCUGAGUUACAUACUCAAUCUGUGUCCCUUAACCUCACAGAUAAAAAGCUCUCCUGAGACAGAGGAACCAAACCCCGUUCAGAAAUAUGGCAUUUUUACCCCGCCAGUAUUUUCCCGCUCUAUAAUCAAACAACCAAACUUAAAAAAUAAGUGUUUUUAUGUGUCAGCUCUGCUCUUACUUUGCUCUGUUAGUUUUUUUCUGUGACAGCUGCUGUGUUCACCUCUGACCUCUGCAGCAGGUCUCAUCAGCAGGAGAAAAACACGAGUUUUACUAAACCGACACUAUGGUCGAGACGACUGAGCUGCUGACACAUUUCGGACACUUUCAGGAGGUUUCAUAUUUUAAAAAAGUGCUUCACAUGCAGCGACAUGUCUUAAAAAAGACCGCUAUAGUUGUUGACUCGUUGGCUGGUCCCACCUGAAGCUCACCUGCGGCGACAUAAUGAGAGACUUUCAGGGACACGAGCAACAGAACUAAAUGUUAUAGCAGUGUAAAGAGAGUUCAGUCUGCAAAGCUGAGAGAAGUAAAGGGUUAAUCGUAAUACAGCAGGUCAUCUGCUCACACGUGAUCAACUGGAUUAACUGUGCUUUGUUCCUGCUUGUUAUUCCAGCUUUGAACCCACACAGCAGGACCCAACACACACACACACACACACACACACACACACACACACACACACACACACACACACACACACAUAUAUAUAUAUAUAUAUACAGUAUAUAUAUAUAUAGUGUGUGUUACAUAUCUAUCUAUCUAUCUAUCUAUCUAUCUAUAUAUAUAUAUUUAUAUACAUAUGUAUAUAUAUAUAUAUAUAUAUAUAUAUAUAUCUUGUUAUCUUGUUAACUUCAUCAUGUGUGUCUAUUUACUAGAUAUUUAAUUCAAUUUAAUGCGGUUUCAGCUGUGUUGAUUCGGUCGGGUUGUGUGUCCAAACGCGUGCCAAACGCGCUCAUCAGAUCAGAUAUAGAUCAGAAUAUAUCGAUAUAGAUCUAAAUGUAUGUGCUGACUCAGAUUAAUAGUUGUUGAUGAUCAUUUAUUGCACUGAAAUGUGCCUGACACUGUGGAAACCUGCCGGUGAGGCAUCAGUGACGUAUGCCGAUACGCCGCUGGUCUACCAAAAUACUACUAGACCAGCUGCACUCCGCCUGCGCUGAAAGCUGACCAGGUUUGAAUCGGCGAGCUUUCAGCGCACUUUACACGCCGGUGGCGAGCACGAAAAUGUCACUGCGCCCGCUGAUUCUGUCGACACCUCCCCCUGCCACGCCACCACGCCCAGCUUGGCGGAUCUCGGUUCGCCUCCGUGUGCCUCAGUCCACGAAAAUACCAAACUGGCUGUACGCCGGGCUGCGCCAGACGAAAAUACAACUGCGCGGGGCUCGCCGCCCUCCGUCGCCUCACCGGCAUACAUGGAAAUAGAGCCCUUAGAGUCCAAACAGUAGGAAGCGUCUCUGUGAUGCUCGGCUAACAGCGUGCUCCUGAUUAGCAGUAAUGGAGAGGCGUCCUCAGUGUCUCGAGUGUCUCUGGAUCUGUCAGGGCCGGUCAUGUGCUGCUACUCUGUGGUUUGACACACAUUAGAGCGACCUCAGUCUGAAGCUGGACUCAGUUGACCCAAUCUGGCUGAGAGGGAAUUAACAGGUGUCUUUAUCUCUGUGCUCAGAUCAGCUGAUACAGACGCAGAGGCUCAGUCUUCAUGUAAAUGUAUAUUUCAUACCUGCUGUAACAUACAGAGAUUGUUCUUUUUGCAAGUGUGCUACAUGAUGAACUUUAGCCUUGCCUUUAGUUGCCCUGUUUACUUCACUGUCCUUUGUGGACACCUUUCACACGUCUCUCAGGGUUGUUUGCUCUCUGUACUUUAACCUGUUUUAACUUGCGUGCACACCUCCUUAGUCUGCACAUUCUGUUUCUCAAGUUUGCAUGCUGCUCUCAAAACCUCCAUCUAGAUAUUUCACUCUCCUCUUCUGAUUUGCCAAAUAUGGUAACAGGAAGUUGUCUCUUAUAGUUUGAUUUGAUUUAUUUGUCCCAUGGGGAGAUUUCUCUUCACUCACAGUACAUUGCACAUCACAUCAUGAUAUGUAUGUGUGUGUGCUCACUAAAGGUGCCUCAGUGAGAUUUGGUAAAGCAGACUGUUAGUUUACUCUCUGAUUCUACCUAUAUCUGCUCAGUACAUUUACAAAGACCACUGGUUGACUCGAGAUCCUUUAUUGAUUGCAUUUGGAAGACAAGUUUUUUUCAAAACAAGACCCCUCUGAGGCGGAUGCAGUUUCGGGUUACUUUUGAGGAUUUUUCCUGAACCAGAAUCUAAACUUUAGAAGAGUUAAAGCUGCUGUGAGAAAUAGACUGAAAUUAACAUGCUUUUUAGGAUUUCUAAAAGGAAAUGACCAUCAGCAACAUGACUGUAAUUUUUCACUACCUAGACCUGUAGAAGACAAAAUAAGCAAACACUGCUUUGUUCACUGUGGGUGCCAAAAUGAUACAAACCACAUGUCCCUCCAGAGGGCUUCAACAAGAAUCCCUCAGUCACUUCAUACUGGAGCACGAUUUAAACGUUUUUUUAAUGUAACACAAUGGGGGGGUGGGGGGUGGGGGGGCACUCAAAUUCACAUAACAUAUUUUAUUUUUGACAAAUAUAAUGUCAUUUGAGACCGAUGUGCUGAGGAUGACAGUAAUGCUGCCGUGUAGACCUGCUGAAGGAAGAGACUAAAGACAGGAACUAUCAGAGCAGAGCAGUGAGGUCCAUGCUGAUGUCUCAGGUCCAUACUGACAGGUGUCUUCUAUGUGUUUCUAGGUGCCGUGCCUGUGCAGCAGCACCACCUGUUUGCUGUGUAGCUGCUGCCCGAGCAGCAGGACCUCUACGGUGACCAGAGUCAUCUAUGCCUCCAUCCUGCUGCUGGGGACCAUUGUGGCGUGCAUCAUGCUGUCACCAGGAGUCGACCACCAGCUGAAGAGGGUACGAGACAACCUCAGAUAGACACAAGAGCCCUCCUACUGCUCCUCCUCCUGGUUCUCUCUCCACCUCCUCCUCCUCCUCUUUCCUCUCUCCUCCUCCUGCUCCUCCUCUCUCUUUUUGUCAUGGUGACGUUGUUGCUCUGUCCCAGAUCCCUGGUUUCUGCGAGGAUGGUGCCGGUUUGAACAUCCCCAGCCUGCAGGCCGAUGUGAACUGUGAAAUGUUUGUGGGUUAUAAGGCCGUGUACCGAGUCUGCUUUGGGAUGGGUCUUUGGUUCCUUGGGUUCUCCAUCCUCAUGAUCAACAUCAAGAACAGCAGAGACCCCCGAGCUGCCAUACACAAUGGGUGAGGAGCUUCAGCAUUCACACACACACACACACACACACACACACACACACACACACACACACACACACACACACACACACACACACACACACACAAUGUCUGUGUGAGCUGUGUUAUCUCUGCAGGUAAGGGGUCAAAGGUCACAAGUGUGUCAGUUGUACAAUCUAUUGUUCAGUCGACCUUUGACCUGCACAGUUUGGUUCAUAGAGUUAAAUACGUCUAGAACAGGGGUGUCAAACUCAUUUUAGCUCAGGGGCCACAUGGAGGAAAAUCUAUUCCCAAGCGGGCUGGACCAGUAAAAUCAUGGUAUAUGACUUAAAAACAACAACUUCAGAUUGUUUUAAUUUGUUUUAAUACUGUCCCAAAUAGGACAAACACAACAUCUCUAUUAAUCAUAAAACACUUAAAGUUUUUUGAAAAUUCUGAGGACAAAUAGCACACAAACACAAUGCCUCAGUGAGUCACAGAACCAGAACAGUAUCACAGACCAAACAAGUGCAAGAACCAGUCACAAAUCAAGAAUAGGUUAAAUAUACAAAUCUAAACUAAGGCUGCACGAUAUUGGAAAAAAAUAAUAUUGCGAUUUUUUCAACCCUGCGAUAUAUAUUGCGAUAUUAAAAAUACAGUAUUUUCACCAGAUGACCUGAAUAGCACUUAAUGUUAUGCUGCACUGCUGAAAUCUUGAGGACAGUUAAUCUGCUCUGAUCUUACCUCUUUUUGUGAAUGUUAGUAGAACGGCUUCUGUCUGUCUCAGAGAUAUUUUUAGCUUUUAUUGUGCUGGGACGUUAUUGUGGCAACAGGGGAACACAGAAGACGUGUUUUGGUCGACAUCAUCCUUCUUUUAACCGAAAUAAUUCCAGAUAACUGACUUUCCUUUUCUUUUUGGCAACAAAUCUUCAUUUUCGGUGGUUUUCGCUUGUUCGUUGUUCAUUUUGCGAUCGUUGUUGUUGUUGUUAGCGGUGUUGUGCCGAGAAACGCAUGUCCUCCGAGAAUUGCAUGCACCUCGCAAAACGCGCACUGCUUAUAGUAGAGUGGUCCACGGAAAUGUACAAUUUAAAACCCAUACAGUUCUUAUUUGUUGGGCUUAAUAGUCAUGAGUAAAGUUCCGAAAGUAAUUCUCAGCGGACACACGUCUCCCUCCAUGUGCAGAACAUGUGCAGGGGUGGGUUUUCUCCUCCCUGAUUUUGAUUGACAGCUGGCAGGGUAGUCUGAUUGGCAACUGAGAAGUGAGUCUGAUUGGCAACUGAGUUAAGGACGAAGGCGAUUGGUGGAUCGCUGCACAGCACAUGCAGAGUCACAUGGAGUGUAUCUCAGUCGGUUACCCUUGAAAUUAAAUGAGUUCAUUCACCUCCAAUAUCGCAGGCUCUGCGAUGUGACUAUCGCACACACGUACAUCGUGAUGACGAUAGUCAAACGAUAUAUCGUUCAGGCCUAAUCUAAACAUAAAGCUGAAGCCUUAGGACAGUGUAUCCAAAAUAGUGCAAACACAACAUCACUAUUAACUAGGCCUGGACGAUAUAGAAAAAAAGCAUAUCGAUAAAAAAUAAAUCAUAUUGAUCGAUAUCGAUAAUUAUCGAUAUAAUUAUUAUAAUUAUUUAACAUAUAUUUUAAUUGCAGCCCUGGAUGUUUUAUGCUAUUGCUUAAUGACCUACUUUUAAUAAAGAACACACAAGCACUGAAUUCAAAUUCAAACCUUUAUUCAACCACCUUUUCAUUUUACCACAACUGAAAGUUUUUUUAAAAAAGAACUAAAAAAAAAAAGAAAUCAACUUAAGUGGCCUGAGUGACGUCAGUAAAUACUGACAAACAUAAAGACUAAAGUGACCAGAAAAUCUGAUAAAUAAAUAUUUAAAUAGUCUUUUGAUGAAAAUAAACAAAACAAACAAAUAUAUAAAUAAACAGAAUAGCUUUAGGUGGGAAUAGCAUACUACCAGUUUUAACUGUGUGGGAAACUGCCCACAGCCUGGUGUCUGAACACUGAAAUAUUUCUCCCAGGGUCGGGAGAUUUAUUUUUUUUAAUUAUCAUGUGAUUGACUUAAUACACAAACUAAGCACGAGAAGCAGGACUUAUCCACGCCGGUGUUGUGUCGUAGAAUGCACCCCUGCCGAAUGCACCCCCUGCUAGUAGCCAUGAUCCAAAUACUCGCGUCUUUGUAAAAUAUGAGCUCAUUUGAACGUAUUUCCUCCGCACCCUUCUCACCUUUUCAACCCCUGACCCAUUUUCAUGCCUGAAGCGCUGUGUUUGAGAAAUACUUGCGGCCGGGCACUUCAUAUCGCGGGUCGAGAGUGGCUAGAAGCUGGUCGAAGCCAGGCUUUUCAACGGUAGUUAUUGGCAGUAUGUCCCUCGCUAUGGAGCAUGUUACUGCAUGGGUGAUGUCCUUAUGCCGCUCGGACGCUUUGUCGUAUUUUGGCAAGAAACAAAGUCCAGUUUGGUCUGCUUCACAUGCUUUGUGCUGGUGCUGGCAGCGGUUCCAGAGGAUUCCUCCUCCGACGACGACGUGGAGCCGCGGCGCGGCCGACACAGCUCGUACUCCUGCGGGUGCGAUCGGUUUAGAUGGUAAAACAGGUUGGUUGUGUUACCAGACUUGGUUUUUACUAAUUCUCCGCAAAUUUUGCAAACGACCGCUGUUCGCUUUUUGUCAGACUUCUAAAAACCAAAACAUUGCCAUGCUGGUGAACUACUGAAACCUUUUUUCGGGACAAUGUACUCCGCUUCUCCGUGCUGUAUCAUUUUUUCUAAUACACGUGCUGUCUGUUGUGGUUUGAUAGGGGCUGGGCUUGGUGCCGUAGCGUACCUGGGUCUGCGUUUGUGAUUGGUUAGGAGGAAGUAAUGACUGUAGUAAAAGCUACAUGAUAGGCUAUGAUGAAAAAGAAAGGGAAACUGUGUUUUUCUAUCGAACUUUUUAUCGACCCGUUUUUUUUCUAUCGCACCACACGUCUAUCGAUCGAUAUAUAUUGUUAUCGAAUUAUCGUCCAGCACUACUAUUAACCAUAUAUCACUUCAAGUUUUUUGAAAAUUCUGAGGACAAAGAACACACAAACACAGUGAUUCACAGAACUGUUUCACAGAUCACAGAACUAUAUGAGGGUGUCUCAUGCAGCACUUGAAGUGGGGUUGCAUUGUUCAUUUGACUCCUGAUACCUGGCAUCUUUUAGCUUUCACCAGCGCAUCAAUAUCAGGCGUUGCAUUCUGAGUGACAGCCAACUUCAGGAUGUGAUUCAAGUGGCUGUGCGUGAGCCUUGAGCGCAGCUUUGUUUUAUCAAUGUUCAUUACAGAUAAAACCUGCUCACAAAGAUAUGUGGUUCCAAACAUGGACAACAGCUUUGCAGCGAGGGCUGUCAAGUUGGAAGUGAGCUGCAUCACCACCGGCGAGUUGCGUCUCCCACAAUGACAGCUUCAACUUAAAAGCGCGUAUGCUGUCAUAAUACUGUGUGACAACUUUGUUGCACCCUUGCAGCUGUUUGUUAAAGGUAUUCAGGUGCUCGGUAACAUCCACCAUAAAUGCAAGGUCCUGCAUCCAUUCUCCGGAAUGAAAUUCUAACACCGGUUUACCCUUUUCUUCCAUGAACUGUUCAAUUUCUUCUCGUAAGUCAUAGAAACGCCUCAGCACAGCACCUCCGCUUAACCACCUUACCUCAGUGUGGUAUGGCAAGCCAUGGAUGUGGUCUUUCUCUCUGAGAAGGCUGUCAAACUGAUGGUGAUUCAGGCUUCUGGAUUGGAUGAAAUUCACCGUUUGGAUGACUACCUUCAUGACGUUAUCCAUGUUUAAUGACUUGCAACCAUAGACUGUAUAAAGAAUGGACAGAGUCUGCCUCCUCGCUGGGUGAAGCCACUCCGAGAACAGCACCCUCUGAUGGUGGGCUGCAGUACAGGUCAUAAAUCCCGCCUCCGCCAGCAAAGCUUAUGGGACUGUGGACAAACUUUCAAAAUUUAUUACACAGAACAGAAUUUUUUCUCCCCCCUGCUUGUGAUGUUGACAUGUAGUUAUUGUAAGACUGGUUUGUGCCCAAGUCCUUUUUUUUCCUGUACAGCUCCGUUUUUAAAAGUUAUUAGGGGGUUCAUGUUUUCUAUGAUUGACACCUGGUACAGCCUAUGGGCGUUCAGGGAUUGCGUAGCUCACCCGGGGGGAUACAGUUCUACAACAUCUGUAAUGUCCGUGCUUUCAUCAACUGCAACUGAAAAGGCAAUAAAAGCCUUUACUGUGUUCUUUAACUGGCUGUUCUAUUCCACUGAAAGAUCGGAAAUCCUGUCUGUGAUGGUGUUUCUUGUCAGGCUGAUAUUUGCAAAAGCCUGUCGCUUUUCAGGGCACACAAUCUCCGCUGCCUUCACCAUGCAUGUUUUUAUGAAUUCACCCUCACUAAAUGGUUUUGAAGCCACUGCGAUUUCGUGAGCAAUGAGGUAGCUAGCUUUCACCGCAGCAUCACUGAUGUCUCAUAGUGGUGUGUCGGUCUUGAACGAACGGAUCAAAAGAACUAGUUCUUUUUGAUGAACGAAAUGAACUAGUUCUCCCCCUCUAAAUGACCCGUUCAGUCCGUUCAGUUCUUUUGAUUGGCUGAAGAGGGACUGCUUGCCUGUCUUAUCCUAUCGUCGCGCCUCGUUCUGUGUGUGGGUGGGGCUUAGAGAAGCAGCAGCAGUACUACUGAGCUGACUGAAAGACCGGGAUGACCGAGUUGACUGAAAGAACGGGUCAAAUGAACGAACGACCUAGUUGACUGAAAGAACGGGUCAAAUGAACGAAAGACCUAGUUGACUGAAAGAACGGGUCAAAUGAACGAAAGACCGAGUUGAACGAAAGACCCAGACCGAUGAACGAGUUGAACGAAAGACCGAGUUGAACGAAAGAUCCAGACGGAUGAACGAGUUGAACGAAAGACCGAGUGAACGAAAGACCGAGUUGAACGAAAGACCCAGACCGAUGAACGAGUUGAACGAAAGACCAAGUUGAACGAAAGAUCCAGACGGAUGAACGAGUUGAACGAAAGACCGAGUGAACGAAAGAUCCAGACGGAUGAACGAGUUGAACGAAAGACCGAGUGAACGAAAGAUCCAGACGGAUGAACGAGUUGAACGAAAGACCGAGUGAACGAAAGACCCAGACGGAUGAACGAGUUGAACGAGAGACCGAGUGAACGAAAGAUCCAGACGGUGAACGAGUUGACUGAAAGACCGAGUGAAAGAAAGAUCCAGACAGAUGAACGAGUUGACUGAAAGACUGAGUUGAGUUGCCGCUGCACGAGGCCCGACAGCCGAGCCGGAGCGAGCGGGACAGUCACACACACGAGCGGACUGACAAAUGACCGAUUGACCGAAAAGAACGAAAUGAACGGGUCUUUUUACUGAACGACCCGGAAUGAUCCGGUUCACUGAAAUGACCGGUUUUGCCCACCACUAAUGUCUCAGCUGUGAGUAAAAACAGACUGCUGUUUCUUCAGACCCGACAAUAGUUCAUCCACCUUCUCUUUUCUCUGCUGUCCUUGAAAGUUGUCAUAUUUGUCGGCAUGAAGACUCACAUAGUGGCGACAAAGGUUAUACUCUUUCAGCACUGCAACAUGCUGUGAACACACCAAACAUACUGCUUUCCUUUUCAAUUCUGUGAAAAAAUAGCAGUAUGACCAUUUUUCUUGGAACACGCUGCACUCUAUCCAGUGGACGCAGUUAGAACAGCAGUUUAUUGAAAAAUUGCAGCUCAUUUUUAAACUUUACAUAAUCAUCUCUCGGGCCGGAUUAAACCCGUUUGCGGGCCAGAUCCGGCCCGCGGGCCGUACGUUUGACACCCCUGGUCUAGAAGCAAACACCUGUCAGGUAACCUAAGGUCAGGCUGAAUGUGUUUGGAUCUUUGGAUGUCAAAUAUAAAAACACACCUGUCACCAAAACAACAUGAGGGAAGUAUGGAGUGGCAUGAGAACCAUCACUGGUUUUAAAAAGACUGUUAGCAGUGGGUUAGAGGGCUGUGUGGACCGGGCUGAGCCUGUUUUUCAACAAGUUUGACUCUGUGGCUGCUGCCCCUCCCCCACUCGACUCAGUUGCUAUCUGCCUACCUCCAAGUGCUUCAAGUGCUACCACUCUGCCUCCCCCUCCUCCACCUCCUUACAGAUCUCCUGACCACUUCUCACCUCCACUAUCCACCUACCCUCCCCCUGACUCUACAUUCUGUCCUUCCCUACCUGAAGACCUCCCCCCUGCCCUGCCUGUCACCCCUACCCUGUCCUUCACACCUGACCAAGUGAGAAGACUGCUGAAGAGAGGCCACCCUGGCAAGGCUGCAGGCCCUGAUGGUGUGUUACCUAGGGUGCUUAAAGCCUGUGCCCCCCAGCUGUGUGGAGUUCUUCACCUGAUCUUCAGCCUGAGCAUGCACCUCCAGAAGGUCCCUGUGCUGUGGAAGAUGCCCUGCCUUGUUUCUGUGCCAAAGCUGCUGCGUCCCAGCGGCUCUCAUGACUACAGACCAGUGGCUCUGACUUCUCACAUCAUGAAGACCCUGGAGAGACUGGUCCUGGAGCAGCUCAGGUCUAUGGUUAGGCCCUUCACGGAUCCACUGCAGUUCACCUACUAGCCCCGCCUGGGAGUUGAGGACAGCAUCAUCUACCUGCUGAACUGGGUCUGCUCUCACCUGGACAAGCCGGCAAGUACCGUGAGAGUCAUGUUUUUUGACUUCUCCAGUGCUUUCAAUACCAUCCAUCCAACUCUACUGGGUGAGAAGACGGCAGCGAUGCAGGUGGAUGCCCCCCCUGUCCUGGAUUGUUGACCACCUGAUGAUAGACCACAAUAUAUGUGGCUGCAACAUUGUGUGUCUGAAAGAGUGGUUAGCAGCACUGGGGCCCCACAGGGGACUGUCCUUUCUCCUUUCCUCUUCACCCUCUACACCCUCUACACCACAGACUUAAACUAUUUCAUAGAGUCCUGCCACCUUCACAAGUUUUCUGAUGACUGCAAUAAUUGGAUGCAUCAGCGAGGAUGAGAAGAGUGACUACAGGACUAUGGUAGACAACUUUGUCACAUGGUGUGAGCUGAACCAUCUGCAGCUCAAUGUGACAAAAACUAAUGAGCUGAUAGUAGAUCUGGGGAGGAAAAAAACACCUGUGACCCCUGUUUCCAUCCAGGGGGUCCCAGUGGACACUGUGGAGUAGUGCUGGGCGAUAUGGAAAAAAAUGUAUAUCACGAUAUGGAUCAUUUUAUAUCACGAUAACGAUAUAUAUCACGAUAUAGCUAUGGUAUGCUUUCAGUUCUAUGAAAAAUGUAAGUGUAUACAGCUGCACUAGUACAGCACCAGUACAAGACCAGCACUUAAAACUAGAAAAAUGAAUAAAUAAAUACGUGACCGAAGUGCGUUCAUGUCUGUGCUCACCCAAAGUUAUGCAACACUCACAGAAAACGCCGAUAGUGUGAGCCAAAGCACUCCAUAAUAAUAAUAAUAAUAAUAAUAAUAAUAAUAAAUUUAAUUUGUAAUGCACUUUACAUUUACAAAAAAUCUCAAAGUGCUACAGUACACAGUAAAAAAAGAGCAGCAACAAUAAAAAAAGCAAUAGAAUGACAGUCACAGAUUGGCAUAAAAAAAGAAUUAAAAAAAAUGAAAAAUAUAGAGUUGCAAUGUAAGAGGCAAGGUAGUAAAGGCAUAAAGCAUAGAGGAAAACUAACCAAAGGCUUUAUUAAAAAGGUAGGUCUUUAGGGCUCUUUUGAAGAGGUUGUUCACACUGCUAGAUGUUUCUCCUCCAAAGCUGCUCUCUGCCUCCAUCAUUGUUAGGGCCCGAGCGUAGCUGCUAAGCAGCUGCGAGAGCCCUAUUAUUCCCCAAGUGGUUUUUCUUUGUUUCUUAGGGCCCGAGCGUAGCUGCUAAGCAGCUGCGAGAGCCCUAUUAUUCCUGAUGGAUUCUUCUUUCUUCUUCUUCUUCUUAUUAUUUUUCUGCCCCUUUGAACUGGAAAAUGGCCCACUUCCCACUGGUGAAAAGUCAUGAAAUUUGGCAGGACGACCGGGCCUGGUGAAAAAUUCGAUAUUCUGAAGUCGCCCAAAAAAUCAAAUGCAAAAUGGCUCCAUAGCGCCCCCUAAGGUGAAAAAUUCACAUGAUUGAGUGUCACGCCUGUACGCUUUGUCAAAAUGACACAAAAUUUGACACACACGUGUAUCUCAAUAAGAUCUACAAAAAAGUCAGUGCGGGCGUAUCUGUCAAAUGUACGGUUAAAGGGCUAUUUCGCAUUUUUUGCCGAUCCACACACAUUGGAAUUUCGCUAACUCCUCCGAAGGCUUUCGUUCCACCGGCACCAAAUUUGCUCAGGCCAAUCUACACCCCAUGGCCAUUAAAAGUUGUACAAAUCAUGACGCUGCAUCCCACGGUUUACGUUCUAGGGGGCGCCAAAGAUAACCCAAAAAUCCACAUUCUUAAAAGUCGUAUAACUUUUUAUUUUUGUCCUCACUGGCCUCCAAGUUUUCUAGGAUGAUGCAAUGUCCAGCCAUCAACACAUUUGUGAAGGAAUUUUUACUCCCCAAAAGAGCGCCCCCCCAUGGCAGGAGAAAAAAGUCCAUUUUUUCUUGUCUCCUAAGGCGAAAAUUCACACUAUUGACUGUCACGCCUUUACGCUUUGUCAUAUUGACACAAAAAUUGACACACACAUGUAUCUCAAUAAGAUCUACAAAAAAGUCAGUGCGGGCGUAUCUGUCAAAUGUACGGUGAAAGGGCUAUUUCGCAUUUUUUGCCGAUCCGCACACAUUGGAAUUUCGCUAACUCCUCCGAAGGCUUUCGUUCCAAAGGCACCACAUUUGCUGAGGCCAAUCUACACCCCAUGGCCAUUAAAAGUUGUACAAAUCAUGACGCGGCACCCCACGGUUUACGUUCUAGGGGGCGCCAAAGAUAACCCAAAAAUCCACAGUCUUAAAAGUCUUAUAACUUUUUAUUUUUGUCCUCACUGGCCUCCAAGUUCUCUAGGAUGAUGCAAUGUCCAGCCAUCAACACAUUUGUGAAGGAAUUUUUACUCGCCAAAAGAGCGCCCCCCCCAUGGCAGGAGAAAAAAGUCCAUUUUUUCUUGUCUCCUAAGGCGAAAAUACACAUUGUUGACUGUCACGCCUUUAUGCUUUGUCAAAAUGACACAAAAUUUGACACACACAUGUAUCUCAAUAAGAUCUACAAAAAAGUCAGUGCGGGCGUAUCUGUCAAAUGUACGGUUAAAGGGUUAUUUCGCAUUUUUUGCCGAUCCGCACACAUUGGAAUUUCGCUAACUCCUCCUAAAUCUUUUGUCCCAUCGGCUUCAAAUUUGCUCAGGCCAAUCUACACCCCAUGGCCAUUCAAAGUUGUAAAAAUCAUGACGCUGCACCCCAUGGUCUACGUUCUAGGGGGCGCCAAAGAGGACCCAAAUAUCCACAUUUUUAAAGUCUUAUAACUUUUUAUUUUUGUCCUCACUGGCCUCCAAGUUUUCUAGGAUGAUGCAAUGUCCAGCCAUCAACACAUUUGUGAAGGAAUUUUUUCUCCCCAAAAGAGCGCCCCCCCAUGGCAGGAGAAAAAGUCAAGUUUUUCCUGCCCAUCGCUCAAUGGCUCAAACGCAUCGCUCUCUCGGCAAAACCGAAAGGAGGAGCAACUUGCCAUUUGGAUAUAUACUAGCUGUGUUUGUGCCCUCACUCAUGGUCCAGACUUUUUUCAAAUAGGACAUGUAGUUUGUCUGCAGCGACCGUUUUGGUAGAAACUGCGCCUCCCAUUCAUUAUAAUGGGAAAUGACCACAGACAAGUGCGCACACCAUCUUUGGACCUUGAGUGUGAUGCAAUCGGGAGGGGGAGGCGGUCGCGCUGGGGGCGGCGCGACGCGGCUCGGGCCCGACAGUGCCCCACCGGGACCCUAGUUAUUAUUAUUAUUUUUCCUCCGCUUUAAACUGGAAAAUGGCCCACUUCCCACUGGCGAAAACUCAUGAAAUUUGGCAGGACGACCGGGCCUGGUGAAAAAUUCGAUAUUCUGAAGUCGCCCAAACAAUAAAAUGCAAAAUGGCUCCAUAGCGCCCCCUAAGGUGGAAAUUCACACUAUUGACUGUCACGUCUGUACGUUUUGUCAUAUUGACACAAAAAUUGACACACAUAUGUAUCUCAAUAAGAUCUACAAAAAAGUCAGUGCGGGCGUAUCUGUCAAAUGUACGGUUAAAGGGUUAUUUCGCAUUUUUUGCCGAUCCGCACACAUUGGAAUUUCGCUAACUCCUCCGAAGGCUUUCGUUCCACCGGCACCACAUUUGCUCAGGCCAGUCUACACCCCAUGGCCAUUAAAAGUUGUACAAAUCAUGACGCUGCACCCCACGGUUUAGGUUCUAGGGGGCGCCAAAGAUAACCCAAAAAUCCACAUUCUUAAAAGUCUUAUAACUUUUUAUUUUUGUCCUCACUGCCCUCCAAGUUUUCUAGGAUGAUGCAAUGUCCAGCCAUCAACACAUUUUUGAAGGAAUUUUUACUCCCCAAAAGAGCGCCCCCCCAUGGCAGGAGAAAAAAGUCAAUUUUUUCUUGUCCCCUUACAUGAAAAUACACAUUGUUGAGUGUCACGCCUGAACGCUUUGUCAUAUUGACACAAAAAUUGACAAUCAUGUGUAUCUCAAUUAGAUCUACGAAAAAGUCAAAGAGCGCGUAUCUGUAUAAUGUACGGUUAAAGGGCUAUUUCGCAUUUUUUGCCGAUUCGCACACAUUGGAAUGUGGCUAUCUCCUCCUAAGGCUUUCGUCCCACUGAUACCAAAUUUGCUCAGGGCAAUCUACACCCCAUGCCCAUUCAAAGUUGUAAAAAUCAUGACGCUGCACCCCACGGUUUACGUUCUAGGGGGUGCCAAAGAUGACCCAAAAAUCCACAUUCUUAAAAGUCAUUUUGGCCACUGCAGGAGUACAGAGUACUGCAGUUCUAGGGGGCGCCAAAGAUGACCCAAAAAUCCACAUUCUUAAAAGUCUUUUUGGCCACUGCAGGAGUACAGAGUACUGCAGGAUACACACACAUAUACACACACGCCACACACACACACACACACACACACACACACACACACACACACACACACACUCAGAGUCUGUUUUUUAGCACCUGCAAAAACAUGCUGUUUACAUAUUUGACAAGAAUGCAGAGGCUUCCUUUUGCCCCUGAAAAAAAUCAAAUUUCAAACACAACUUGACUGUUCAUUUCUCCAAAAGACAACCAUGAAGCUCCAUCCAAACCUGAAGCAGAUAGUUGGUGCAUGUGUACAGUAACCUGAGGGGAGUGAGGUGACUAUUUCUGAGGAGAACAUGAGCAGUGAAGAUUCACCUUGGAGCUAGAACAGGGACGUGCACAUGAUUAUACAGGGGCAGGGGCUCAAGUUUUUUCCAGUCAUUUAUACAAUAUGGAAAUUAAUGUGAAAUUAAAAAACAAAGUAUUAAUAGAAAGGUAAUGACUGUCCUGUGUAGGUGACAGUGAUAUCCAAUAGGCUAGGCACUCACGAGGCUGGCUGUGGCAAGUGUAAGUGAAAGCAACACGCACUGGCAGGAAGAACAGCAAACGCCGAUGAAGGAAAGGGUCUUUGCAGUGAUGGGCGUUACCAGAGAGGACGAUGGCCAGAAGACGCGAAUGGGACGGGGAGGCAGCGCGUUGGGGGGGGCAGCGCGACACGGCUCGGGCCCGCCAGUGCCCCAACGGGGCCCUAGUUAGGGCCCGAGCGUAGCUGCUAAGCAGCUGCGAGAGCCCUCUUGUUCCUGAUGGAUUCUUCUUUCGUUAUUUUUCCUCCGCUUUAAACUGGAAAAUGGCCCACUUCCCACUGGCGAAAACUCAGGAAAUUUGGCAGGACGACCGGGCCUGGUGAAAAAUUCGAUAUUCUGAAGUCGCCCAAACAAUAAAAUGCAAAAUGGCUCCAUAGCGCCCCCUAAGGUGAAAAUUCACAUGACGGCUGUACGCUUUGUCAUAUUGACACAAAAAUUGACACACACAUGUAUCUCAAUAAGAUCUACAAAAAAGUCAGUGCGGGCUUAUCGGUCAAAUGUACGGUUAAUGGGUUAUUUUGCAUUUUUUGCAGAUCUGCACACAUUGGAAUUUCGCUAACUCCUCCGAAGCCUUUCGUUCGACCGGCACCACAUUUGCGCAGGCCAAUCUACCCCCCAUGGCCAUUAAAAGUUGUACAAAUCAUGACGCUGCACCCCACGGUUUACGUUCUAGGGGGCGCCAAAGAUAACCCAAAAUCCACAUUCUUAAAAGUCUCAUAACUUUUUAUUUUUGUCCUCACUGCCCUCCAAGUUUUCUAGGAUGAUGCAAUGUCCAGCCAUCAACACAUUUGUGAAGGAAUUUUUACUCCCCAAAAGAGCGCCCCCCCCAUGGCAGGAGAAAAAAGUUAAUUUUUUCUUGUCCCCUUACAUGAAAAUACACAUUGUUGAGUGUCAUGCCUGAACGCUUUGUCAUAUUGACACAAAAAUUGACAAUCACGUGUAUCUCAAUUAGAUCUACGAAAAAGUCAAAAAGCGCGUAUCUGUAUAAUGUACGGUUAAAGGGCUAUUUCGCAUUUUUUGCCGAUUCGCACACAUUGGAAUGUGGCUAUCUCCUCCUAAGGCUUUCGUCCCACUGACACCAAAUUUGCUCAGGGCAAUCUACACCCCAUGCCCAUUCAAAGUUGUAAAAAUCAUGACGCUGCACCCCACGGUUUACGUUCUAGGGGGCACCAAAGAUGACCCAAAAAUCCACAUUCUUAAAAGUCAUUUUGGCCACUGCAGGAGUACAGAGUACUGCAGUUCUAGGGGGCGCCAAAGAUGACCCAAAAAUCCACAUUCUUAAAAGUCUUUUUGGCCACUGCAGGAGUACAGAGUACUGCAGGAUACACACACACACACACACACACACACACUCAGAGUCUGUUUUUUAGCACCUGCAAAAACAUGCUGUUUACAUAUUUGACAAGAAUGCAGAGGCUUCCUUUUGCCCCUGAAAAAAAUCAGAUUUCAAACACAACUUGACUGUUCAUUUCUCCAAAAGACAACCAUGAAGCUCCAUCCAAACCUGAAGCAGAUAGUUGGUGCAUGUGUACAGUAACCUGAGGGGAGUGAGGUCACUAUUUCUGAGGAGAACAUGAGCAGUGAAGAUUCACCUUGGAGCUAGAACAGGGACGUGCACAUGAUUAUACAGGGGCAGGGGCUCAAGUUUUUUCCAGUCAUUUAUACAAUAUGGAAAUUAAUGUGAAAUUAAAACACAAAUAUGUGUGAUGAACUGUUUUUAAAACUUAAACUUCAAAUAAAAAUUGUAAACUUCAAAACAUAUGCAAAUUUUUAACAAAGAACAUAGUAAUUUACCUCUAUUUACAUCAAAAUGCAGGCAAUGGCCCAGGCGUUCUUUGUAAAAUUAUUUACAAAACACUGUAUAGUCUCACAAAUGUCACUUUUUAUUUAUGCCACUACAAAAAAACAUGAUGUAAAUGAUGCAUGAUGUAAAACAUGAUGUAAAAAACUUGUGUAGAUCCUCCUCUAUGUCAGUCCAUGUGUAAUUUUUCCAUAAUUCUUUGUUUUUUGCAGCAUUUUUGUUAGUGUAACUGCAGAUUGUGCUGACAGUCUAUGGCAAAAAAAACAAAAACUGAAAAUGCCUCAACAUGAACCCCUGGUGGUCUCUGAGGGUGAAACCUGCUAACUGCUGCAGCUCUGUCAGCUUCAGUCUCCCAUGCAGAGCUCGGAGCGCAUGUGUGGCUCUGCACCCUUAGCAGCGUUGCUAACUCCUCAGUAAGGAAAGCCUGCUUCAUGUCAGAGUCUCUAAACUCCAGAAGAAGUCGAUAAAAGUCCCUUUCUUUCUAAAAAAAGUCGUUAGGGGGUCUGAAAAGUAAUUGAAUCUAACAACAAAGUCGCUAGGUUUGCAACUACGUGUCCCAGACUGCAUCCCUGCUGAGAGUCCCUCCCUCCCUUCUCAUGUUGCAGGAAGAACGUAAGCGCCCGCCCCUUGUCAAUCAGUCACCAUAUAAUUUUGGAUUGGUUGUUGUGGUGAAGUUUUCCACCAAUAGGAGAGAUGUUGUGGUGUGUUUUUUUUUUCUUUUGGCAAGCCUUUUCCGCCUGUAAGACCUGUCGCUAAUGUCUGCAUGCUAUGUUUUCCUGUCUCAUACAGCGCGAUCGAGCGCCGAACGUGAUCAAAAUAAGCAGAAAACAAGUAUCGCGGACAUAAUUUAUCAUAACUCUGGUUUUAUUUGGCCUAUCAACACAAUUUAAAAACUGGUAUAUAGGUUGAGGUCCUCACUUUUGAGAUAAGUUGAAACGGAGAGUUAACGAGGCUCCGUCUUGCAGCUACAUCCGGUUAAAUAUGUCAUGUGACUUGAACGCUGGGGAGCGUCAAUCGAAUCGAAUCAAACCUAACUCUCAGAUGAAUCUUCAAAAUUCACCUCAGAAAUAUGCUUAUUAUUCUUCUCAGAGUACUGCAGGAUACACACACACACACACACAGACACACACGCACACACACACACAGACACACACGCACACACACACACACACACACACACUCAGAGUCUGUUUUUUAGCACCUGCAAAAACAUGCUAUUUACAUAUUUGACAAGAAUGCAGAGGCUUCCUUUUGCCCCUGAAAAAAAUCAAAUUUCAAACACAACUUGACUGCUCAUUUCUCCAAAAGACAACCAUGAAGCUCCAUCCAAACCUGAAGCAGGCAGUUGGUGCAUGUGUACAGUAACCUGAGGGGAGUGAGGUGACUGCUUCUGAGGAGAACAUGAGCAGUGAAGAUUCACCUUGGAGCUAGAACAGGGACGUGCACAUGAUAAUACAGGGGCAGGGGCUCAAGUUUUUUCCAGUCGUUUAUACAAUAUGGAAAUUAAUGUGAAAUUAAAAAAAAAAGUAUGACUGUCCUGUGUAGGUGACAGUGAUAUCCAAUAGGCUAGGCACUCACGAGGCUGGCUGUGGCAAGUGUAAGUGAAAGCAACACGCACUGGCAGGAAGAUGAAGGAAAAGGGUCUUUGCAGUGAUGGCCGUUACCAGAGAGGGCGAUGGCCAGAGGACACGAAUGGGACGGGGAGGCAGCGCGUUGGCGGGGGGGGGUGCGCGACACGGCUCGGGCCCGCCAGUGCCCCAACGGGGCCCUAGUUUUUUCUUUUUCCUCCCCUUUGAACUGGAAAAUGGCCCACUUCCCACUGGCGAAAACUCAGGAAAUUUGGCAGGACGACCGGGCCUGGUGAAAAAUUUGAUAUUCCGAAGUCGCCCAAACAAGAAAAUGCAAAAUGGCUCCAUAGCGCCCCCUAAGGUGAAAAUUCACACUAUUGACUGUCACGCCUGUACGCUUUGUCAAAAUGACACAAAAAUUGACACACACAUGUAUCUCAAUAAGAUCUACAAAAAAGUCAGUGCGCGCGUAUCUGUCUAAUGUACGGUUAAAGGGUUAUUUCGCAUUUUUUGCCGAUCCGCACACAUUGGAAUUUCGCUAACUCCUCCGAAGGCUUUCGUUCCACCGGCACCACAUUUGCUCAGGCCAAUCUACACCCCAUGGCCAUUAAAAGUUAUUCAAAUCAUGACGCUGCACCCCACGGUUUAGGUUCUAGGGGGCGCCAAAGAUAACCCUAAAAUCCACAUUUUUAAAAGUCUUAUAACUUUUUAUUUUUGCCCUCACUGGCCUCCAAGUUUUCUAGGAUGAUGCAAUGUCCAGCCAUCAACACAUGUGUGAAGGAAUUUUUACUCCCCAAAAGAGCGCCCCCCCAUGGCAGGAGAAAAAAGUCCAUUUUUUCUUGUCCCCUAAGGUGAAAAUACACAUUGUUGACUGUCACGCCUAUACGCUUUGUCAAAAUGACACAAAAAUUGACACACACAUGUAUCUCAAUAAGAUCUUCGAAAAAGUCAAUGCGCGCGUAUCUGUCUAAUGUACGGUUAAAGGGUUAUUCCGCAUUUUUUGCCGAUUCGCACACAUUGGAAUUUCGCUAACUCCUCCGAAGGCUUUCGUUCCACCGGCACCACAUUUGCUCAGGCCAAAUUACACCCCAUGGCCAUUAAAAGUUAUUCAAAUCAUGACGCUGCACCCCACGGUUUACGUUCUAGGGGGCGCCAAAGAUAACCCAAAAAUCCACAUUUUUAAAAGUCUUAUAACUUUUUAUUUUUGUCCUCACUGGCCUCCAAGUUUUCUAGGAUGAUGCAAUGUCCAGCCAUCAACACAUUUGUGAAGGAAUUUUUACUCCCUAAAAGAGCGCCCCCCCAUGGCAGGAGAAAAAAGUCCAUUUUUUCUUGUCCCCUAAGGUGAAAAUACACAUUGUUGACUGUCACGCCUGUACGCUUUGGCAAAAUGACACAAAAAUUGACAAUCAUGUGUAUCUCAAUUAGAUCUACGAAAAAGUCAAAGAGCGCGUAUCUGUAUAAUGUACGGGAAAAGGGCUAUUUUGCAUUUUUUGCCGAUUCGCACACAUUGGAAUUUCGCUAACUCCUCCUAAGGCUUUCGUCCCACUGACACCAAAUUUGCUCAGGCCAAUCUACACUCCAUGGCCAUUCAAAGUUGUAAAAAUCAUGACGCUGCACCCCACGGUUUACGUUUUAGGGGGCGCCAAAGAUGACCCAAAUAUACAUUACAGUAGACAAAGUAGUUUUGCCCACUGAGUGGCGCCAAAGGGACUUGUCUGUGGAGUCUGUGAGUCACUAUUGGCCGUUUUUGACUACUUUAGAUUUUACCUUUAUAUUUCCUCUUACAAAAUUUUUACCUUGCCUUGCCUGGUAUCAUUUUUUUCAGCACAACCUCACCUGUGUCAAUUUACAGUUAUUUUAUCAUUUUGACAUACUAUAUUUACACAUUGGACCCAAAUUCACACACAAAACAUAAAAUCCGAGUGGAAAAAAGUAACGUUUUUACUGUGAAAACCACAAAUAUGUGUGAUGAACUGUUUUUAAAACUUAAACUUCAAAUAAAAAUUGUAAACUUCAAAACAUAUGCAAAUUUUUAACAAAGAACAUAGUAAUUUACCUCUAUUGACAUCAAAAUGCAGGCAAUGGCCCAGGUGUUCUUUGUAAAAUUAUUUACAAAACACUGUAUAGUCUCACAAAUGUCACUUUUUAUUUAUGCCACUACAAAAAAACAUGAUGUAAAUGAUGCAUGAUGUAAAACAUGAUGUAAAAAACUUGUGUAGAUCCUCCUCUAUGUUAGUCCAUGUGUAAUUUUUCCAUAAUUCUUUGUUUUUUGCAGCAUUUUUGUUAGUGUAACUGCAGAUUGUGCUGACAGUGUCUAUGGCAAAAAAAAAAAAAAAAAAAACUGAAAAUGCCUCAACAUGAACCCCUGGUGGUCUCUGAGGGUGAAACCUGCUAACUGCUGCAGCUCUGUCAGCUUCAGUCUCCCAUGCAGAGCUCGGAGCGCAUGUGUGGCUCUUCACCCUUAGCAGCGUUGCUAACUCCUCAGUAAGGAAAGCCUGCUUCAUGUCAGAGUCUCUAAACUCCAGAAGAAGUCGAUAAAAGUCACUUUCUUUCUAAAAAAAAAGUCGUUAGGGGGUCUGAAAAGUCAUUGAAUCUAACAACAAAGUCGCUAGGUUUGCAACUACGUGUCCCAGACUGCAUCCCUGCUGAGAGUCCCUCCCUCCCUUCUCAUAUUGCAGGAAGAACGUAAGUUCCCGCCCCUUGUCAAUCAAUCACCAUAUAAUUUUGGAUUGGUUGUUGUGGUGAAGUUUUCCACCAAUAGGAGAGAUGUUGUGGUGUGUUUUUUUUUUCUUUUGGCAAGCCUUUUCCGCCUGUAAGACCUGUCGCUAAUGUCUGCAUGCUAUGUUUUCCUGUCUCAUACAGCGCGAUCGAGCGCCGAACGUGAUCAAAAUAAGCAGAAAACAAGUAUCGCGGACAUAAUUUAUCAUAACUCUGGUUUUAUUUGGCCUAUCAACACAAUUUAAAAACUGGUAUAUAGGUUGAGGUCCUCACUUUUGAGAUAAAUUGAAACGGAGAGUCAACGAGGCUCCGUCUUGCAGCUACAUCCGGUUAAAUAUGUCAUGUGACUUGAACGCGCACACACACACACACACACACACACACACAGACACACACACACACGCACACACACACACUCAGAGUCUGGUUUUUAGCACCUGCAAAAACAUGCUAUUUACAUAUUUGACAAGAAUGCAGAGGCUCCUUUUGCCCCUGAAAAAAAUCAAAUUUCAAACACAACUUGACUGGUCAUUUCUCCAAAAGACAACCAUGAAGCUCCAUCCAAACCUGAAGCAGGCAGUUGGUGCAUGUGUACAGUAACCUGAGGGGAGUGAGGUGACUGCUUCUGAGGAGAACAUGAGCAGUGAAGAUUCACCUUAGAGCUAGAACAGAGACGUGCACAUGAUUAUACAGGGGCAGGGGCUCAAGUUUUUUCCAGUCGUUUAUACAAUAUGGAAAUUAAUGUGAAAUUAAAAAACAAAGUAUUAAUAGAAAGGUAAUGACUGUCCUGUGUAGGUGACAGUAAUAUCCAAUAGGCUAGGCACUCACGAGGCUGGCUGUGGCAAGUGUAAGUGAAAGCAACACGCACUGGCAGGAAGAACAGCAAACGCCGAUGAAGGAAAAGGGUCUUUGCAGUGAUGGGCGUUACCAGAGAGGGCGAUGGCCAGAGGACACAAAUGGGACGGGGAGGCAGCGCGUUGGGGGGGGGGCGCGACACAGCUCGGGCCCGCCAGUGCCCCAACGGGGUCCUAGUUUACUUUACUCUUGAAGCACGUAGCAAGACCCGAGCAUGAAUCCGAGCGCUUUAUUCACCUAUCAGGGGCAGACAGGUAAGGUGAUUUGAUUCGCCACGACUCCUGAAAUGAUUGAAAAACUACAUAAUGUCACAAAAUUACGUUUCCUCGCUGCUGGCUUGAAGGGUAGAAAUGCGCAGCCGCGCUCCCAGCUGACAGGAAGUUAAACCACUGUUGUAGUUCUUUUGUGUUGCUAGCGCGGUCAAGAGUGUUGGCUCUCACUGAGAGAUGACUACAAAAAUGGACGCACCUGUUCAUCUGGUUGUUAAACACGGCUAAAAAUGAUCAUCUUUUAAUGUUUUUCCCGCUCCUGCCCACUCCCGUUGCCUUUUUUUCCCGUCCCGAUCAAGGGAUUAAUUAAAAAAUGACUCCCAUCCCGUGGGAUUCCCGCGGGAAUCACGUGACCGACGGGAAUUCCCGAAAAAUGUCAUCCUCUACUGGGAAGGUCCCGGAGCAGAUGAAACAGGUACCGGAGCGGCUGAAACAGGUCCCGGAUCCGAUCAAAAGAGGUCCCGGAUCGCGCUCCGACUUGCUCCGGCACAAAUUAAGCCCUGCUUACAAUGAUCCCCUCACGUGUGUAACCCAGGUAACCUGCAACGGUGGGAGACGCUGGACACGAAGAGGGCACGUAAAGCGGCGUCAUGUCGCAAAAUCGAAAGAGAAAUGCAAGCCUACAUGUCAACGCAUCCUUUUCUUUGUAAGAAAAUAUUGUUUUCUUUCCCGUUCGACACCAAAUACACUUCCUGAAUGUGCAAUUAUUGUUGUUGUUACUAUUAAUCAUCUGAUGGCACAAGCCCUAUGGUUAAAAUACAGCCUAUCGCCUGAAACGAUAAAAAUAAAAAUGGCACGAUAGACAUUUUCUAUCGUGCCCACGAUAUCUAUCGUCCUAUCGCCCAGCACUACUGUGGAGGAGUACAAGUACCUAAGGGCGUACUUAAACAAUAAACUGGACUGGACCAGGAAUACUGAUGCCGUCUACAAGAAGGGUCAAAGCCGUCUCUAUUUCCUGAGGAGGCUGAGGUCCUUCAACAUCUGCAGGAUGAUGCUAAAGAUUUUUUAUGAGUCUGCUGUGGCUUGUGCGAUCUUCUUCGCUGUUGCGUGCUGGGGCAGCGGACUGAGGGUCGCUGACUCCAACAGACUCAAUAAACUGAUCAAAAAGGCCAGUAAUGUUGUGGGGGUGGAGCUGGACUCCCUGCUGGCCAUUUCAGGGAGGAGGAUACUGUCUAAGCUCCACUCCAUACUGGACAAUAUCAACCACCCUCUCCACAGUGAACUGGUCAUGCAGAGGAGCACCUUCAGCAGAAGGCUCUUUGCUCCACGAUGCACCACAGAGUGCCACAGGAAAUCUUUCUUGCCGGUGGUCAUCAGACUUUUUAACUCCUGUCUCAGAGACUCUGACACACUCAGUCAGUAGUCUUUACCUGGACUCUGCUUACUGUUUAUAUGCAUACUAUUUUACCAUUUUGUGUUGUAUAUAGUGUACAUACUUGUAUCUUGUAAAACUGUAUACAUAUUAGUGCUGGACGAUAAUUCGAUAACAAUAUAUAUCGAUCGAUAGACGUGUGCUGCGAUAGAAAAAAAACGGGUCGAUAAAAAGUUCGAUAGAAAAACACAGUUUCCCUUUCUUUUUCAUCAUAGCCUAUCAUGUAGCUUUUACAACAGUCAUUACUUCCUCCCAACCAAUCACAAACGCAGACCCAGGUACGCUACGGCACCAAGCCCAGCCCCUAUCAAACCACAACAGACAGCACGUGUAUUAGAAAAAAUGAUACAGCAAGGAGAAGCGGAGGACAUUGUCAGUAGUUCACCAGCAUGGCAAUGUUUUGGUUUUUAGAAGUCUGACAAAAAGCGAACAGCGGUCGUUUGCAAAAUUUGCAGAGAAUUGGUAAAAACCAAGUCUGGUAACACAACCAACUUGUUUUACCAUCUAAACCGGUCGCACCCGCAGGAGUACGAGCUGUGUCGGCCGCGCCGCGGCUCCACGUCGUCGGAGGAGGAAUCCUCUGGAACCGCUGCCAGCACCAGCACAAAGCAUGUGAAGCAGACCAAACUGGACUUCGUUUCUUGCCAAAAUACGACAAAGCGUCCGAGCGGCAUAAGGACAUCACCCAUGCAGUAACAUGCUUCAUAGCGAGGGACAUACUGCCAAUAACUACCGUUGAAAAGCCUGGCUUCGACCAGCUUCUAGCCACUCUCGACCCGCGAUAUGAAGUGCCCGGCCGCAAGUAUUUCUCAAACACAGCGCUUCAGGCAUGAAAAUGGGUCAGGGGUUGAAAAGGUGAGAAGAAUGCAUCCCGUCCACUCAUUAGCUUCUUAAAGUGGAAGAAAAUGAGCUCAUAUUUUACAAAGACGCGAGUAUUUGGAUCAUGGCUACUAGCAGGGGGUGCAUUCGGCAGGGGUGCAUUCUACGACACAACACCGGCGUGGAUAAGUCCUGCUUCUCGUGCUCAGUUUGCGUAUCAAGUCAAUCACAUGAUAAUUAAAAUAAAUCUCCCGGCCCCGGGAGAAAUAUUUCAGUGUUCAGACACCAGGCUGUGGGCAGUUUCUCACACAGUUAAAACUGGUAGUAUGCUAUUCCCACCUAAAGCUAUUCUGUUUAUUUAUAUAUUUGUUUGUUUUGUUUAUUUUCAUCAAAAGACUAUUUAAAUAUUUAUUUAUCAGAUUUUCUGGUCACUUUAGUCUUUAUGUUUGUCAGUAUUUACUGACGUCACUCAGGCCCCUUAAGUUGAUUUCUUUUUUUUUUUAGUUCUUUUUUAAAAAACUUUCAGUUGUGGUAAAAUAAAAAAGGUGGUUGAAUAAAGGUUUGAAUUUGAAUUCAGUGCUUGUGUGUUCUUUAUUAAAAGUAGGUCAUUAAGCAAUAGCAUAAAACAUCCAGGGCUGCAAUUAAAAUAUAUGUUAAAUAACUAUAAUAAUUAUAUCGAUAAUUAUCGAUAUCGAUCAAUAUGAUUUAUUUUUUAUCGAUAUGCUUUUUUUCUAUAUCGUCCAGGCCUAAUACAUAUAGCAUAUUUUGAUUAUUUCUUUAUUUUUACUUAUUUUAUCUACUUAUUUAUCUUCUCUUUCUACUUUAUUUGCACUGGAGUUACUGGAACAAAAAGCAAUUUCCCCUUAUUAUUAAAGAUUAUUAAAGUAUUUCUGAUUCUGAUUCUGAUUCUAAAUCAGUUGAACAGCUUAGACCCCUGCAGUCUUUAUGACCUCACCUGGUUCUUCAGAGUACACAGAGUCUAACUUAGACUCUGAGCAUCCUCUAAAGCCUGAACCUACUGCAGUUUAAAACCUGCUAAACCAACAGGAACCAUGAGAGCCAAUCACAGCUUGGUUCCAAAAUAAGCUGAGGUGUCUGUCACACACCUGCACUGGUAAGGUCGUCAGGCAAUUUCCAAAUUGAUAACUAAUGCAGGCAUCAAAGGUUAUUCAUACAGCACCUCUAAAAACAGCAACAGUUCCACCAAAGUGCUGCAGAGGCUAAAAAAAAAAAACAUGCUAACAGAACAGGUGGGACACUGCUCAUGUGGACAGGAUGUCCCUGAAGGCAUCAUGGAGGAUUUAAUGUCACGUCAAGACCAUCCUCUGAUCACUGAAAACAAACUCUUGCUGAAGUCCAGGUCCAUGAUAAAACUCUCACCUGGAGCUGCAACACCUGCACCUGGAAACCUGUACCUGUACUUGUGCUUGUACCUAUACCCAUACCUGUACCACCUGUGCUUGUACUUGUACCUAUACCUGUACCACCUGUACCUGUACCUGUGCUUGUACCUGUGCCUUUACAACCUGUACCAUGACCUGUACCUGUACCUGUACCUGUAACUGUUCCACCAGUGUGUUCCAGGUUAAUCAGUGUUUGCUGCUAUAUUUCAGGUUCUGGUUCUUUAAGUUUGUGGCUCUGAUGGGGAUUACAGCUGGAGCUUUUUACAUCCCAGACACUCCUUUCACCUACAGUAAGACACCUGUAGUGCUCACACACACACACACACACACACACACACACACACACACACACACACACAGGUAAAGAUAAUCAGACGGGUAAAUCCAGGUGUGAUGGUGUUUCCUCAGCGUGGUUCAUCGUGGGCUGUGGGGGGGCCUUCUGCUUCAUCCUCAUCCAGCUGGUCUUGCUGGUGGACUUCGCCCACUCUUGGAAUGAGUCCUGGGUGGACAAGAUGGAGACAGGCAGCUCCAGAGGCUGGUACGCAGGUGGGUGACUGUCUCUGCAGACUGUGGUCAUAAUGAAGUUAAAAUGUGAAGCAGCUGCGGUUGUUCUCAGGUCAGUCACCGUGGACUUAUUAACAUGCAGGUGAUGGUGUUUGGACUCAGCCCCCUCACACUCUGGUGGUCUGUCUCUAAUAAAGGUUAAUUUUUGUCUUAAGCUCUGCUGGUGGUCACUGUCCUGAACUAUAUCUUGUCCUUCGUGGCUGUCGUCCUCUUUUUCCACUUCUACACCAAACCUGAUGGAUGCUUCAUCAAUAAGUUUUUCAUCAGCUUCAACAUGCUCUUCUGCAUCGUGGCCUCAGGGGUCUCUGUGCUGCACAAAGUCCAGGUAACACACAGGGCAGUCAGGGGUUACCUGUCAGGUAUUUACACCAGGGACUCACACCAUGACCUGAUUUAUCACAGACACAGAAACCCUCUCUGUACCUCUGAUUGAAGACCUUUAGCUCCUCCAUCAAAGACCACAUAGAGCUCAAACCCCAGGGUUGUUCUGCUGAACUCCUGACCACUUUAAAUUCAUGACUUUAUCUCCUGUUAUUUACAUUCACACCCCAGAUCAUUACACCUGUGUUUGUCUUUGUCAGGAUUAGAGCUCACAGUGCAGCUCUGUGCAGCAGAGAGGGGAUGCUCACAGCUCCUUUCAGUCAUGGGGAAACACAAAACUGCAGUAAACUGCCCAGAGCUGCAGGACUCGCUGUGUUUUUGUGGUUUAAUAUCAUCAGUGCUGAAUUAAACCCUUAACUGAAGCACUGAUUAAAACUCCCGCUGCAAUGUGAUUUUAGUGAAUUCUCCUCCGAGUUAUAAACCAUAAAAUCCUGUGUUCUCUGUGCAGCAUUUCUUCAAUAUUGUGUCGACCUGUUUGUCUCAGUGUUUCCUGAAAUCGUCUAAAUCAGCCUAGUUUUAAUCUUUCAGAAAGCAGCUGUAUUUUAUUCCCACAGGGUCUGUCCUUCACUCUGCUAAUCCCUCUGAGGAAACUUUUUACCUGCCUUCAUGAAACCAAUGGUGUGUGUGUGUGUGUGUGUGUGUGUGUGUGUGUGUGUGUGUGUGCGUGCGUGUGUGUGUGUGUGUGUGCGCGCGGGCGCGCACGUGUGUGUGUACACAGGAGUGUCAGCCUCGCUCAGGUCUGCUGCAGUCCUCCAUCAUCACUCUGUACACCAUGUUUCUCACCUGGUCGGCCAUGACCAAUGAGCCAGGUGAGGACACGCCCCUGAGCUCUGAUUGGUUCAGUGUCUCUGGUGUCUUUUUGAUCCCCCUUUAUGUACAGCAGCUUCAUGUGAAAGUCUGGCUCACUUUUCCAAGAUUCAAGGAUCUCAGGGAAGUCAUUGAUUUCCAGGACCGACUUUGAGUCCAGGUUAAAAAAGUUGACGAGGUCCCUGAUUGGUCCAGCAGUUCAAGCAUUAAAGCACCACAUAGUGGAGGCUGCUGGUUUGAUUCCUGGCCUUCACUCUAACAAAAUCUAGACUGUUUUAAGGAAACUUUCAGAAGUUCAGCUACAGAUGUUGAUGUACCUACAGUGAGUUUAAGUCCUGACACAAAGACUGAGACAGGUGAGCAGGUAAGCUGCAGAGGUUUACUCAGAAGAGAAGGUGAAGGUCACUGUGAUACUGAAACUACGCAUAAUCAACAGCAUGAGUUCAAGUGCAGGUGUGACUUGUUUAAAUUGUCUGUUGACCAUAUUUGGAGAUGAUGACAAAGAUCCUAGAAGACUGAGGAAGUGAGGGGUAAAGACUCUGAAACCCACCAUCAGGGACCACUUCUGUGGAUCUACCUGAUGAGCUGUGUGUGCUCCAGUCUACUUUCAUUAUAGAUCCUAAGCUCUGGUGAGAUUUUCCUAUCAGAAAUGUUCAGCUGUAUUUGUAGUGUGACAAUAGUGGAGGAGGGUUCCAGAGCGCCCUCCCUGCCCAUUGACUCGUUGAGAGCAGCAUGCUUAGAUUAUUGGUCCUCUUCUGUCCACAGACCGGGAGUGUAACCCAAACCUGCUCAGCGUAUUCCAGCAGAUGGCGGCCCCCACGGUGCCCUCCCUGGAGGCGGAGAACAAGACAGCAGUGCUGAUCAUUGGCACAGAGGAGCCUGUCCUCAGCGCCCCCUACCUGCAGUGGUGGGACACACAGAGUAUUGUGGGGCUGGCCAUAUUUGUGCUCUGCAUCAUUUACUCCAGGCAGGAAUAAUCACCUGAAAUCUCUGGUUUCUGAUUGGCUUAUUUUUAGGCUUUUUUUCAGUCGGACACGUUGUUCACUCCGCAACAUCCAUUAAAUAAAAAGUCUCUGUGUCUCUACCUGCAGCAUCCGUUCAUCCAGCACCAGCCAGGUGAACAAGCUGACCAUGGCAUCGAAAGACUCGGCCAUCUUGGCGGAGGGCGGCAGCAGCACAGACCUGUCAGAGGACCUGACGGGGCCGCGGAGGGUGGAGGACAAUGAGCAGGACAUGGUGCAGUAUUCGUACUCCUUCUUCCACUUCAUGCUGUUCCUGGCCUCGCUCUACAUCAUGAUGACGCUCACCAAUUGGUACAGGUAAGAGACCAUUCACACUCACCUGGACGUCACACUCACCUGGACAUUACACACACCUGGGGCCUUAUUUAUAAAGCUUGCUUACGCACAAAACCUGGCUAGAAAGUGAUUACGCCACUUCUUACGCAAGAGUUGGGAUUUAUAAAAAAAAAAAAAUAGUGUAGGAAUGUGUGCAACUUAAAGCAAACUCCACACCUUGCUUACGCACUUUUUGGAGACAAUCGGAGCAAAGUGAGAACAAUUGGUUAAUGGAAAGCGCGCGUAUAAAAAGCCAUACAGUGACAGUCGUGCGCAAUGCAGCAGAAGUUUCAAGUUUCAAGUUUUAUUUGUCACAUGCCUAAAUGUACAGGUACAGUGGCAGUGAAAUGAAAGUGACGUCUGCGAUUGUGCCAAAAAAAACAUAAUAAUAAUAAUGUAAAGUCUGUUCAGAGGGUGUGUUAUGAGGAGUUCAGGAUCCGAGUGGCCUGGGGGAAGAAGCUCCUUUUCAGCCUCUCAGUCCUGGCUCUGAUGGAGCGCAGCCUCUUACCCGAGGGCAGCCACUCAAACAGUCUGUGGUUGGGAUGGUGAGUGUCUUUGAUAAUCCGUCUUGCCCUGGACCUGCACCGCUGGGUGUAGAUGUCCUGUAGGCCGGGCAGCGGAGUCCGGGUGAUGCGUUCAGCACAACGGAUGACUCGAUGCAGGGCCUUUCUGUCCUGAGAGCUGCAGCUGCUGUACCAGGCAGUGAUGCUCGCAGAAAGCACAGACCCCACUGUGGCGGUGUAGAAAGUUUGCCAAUUUGAAUUUACAAAUGUGCAAAAAAACAAAUUCCAUUUACAUGCAUUUGUUUUAAGAUUAAUAUGACUAAAUCUUUUUGGUUUACGAACUUUCACCACAUAAGCAGUGGUGGAUAACGGAGCAGUUUUUUUGGAACACAUGCAUGAGUGUCACAUGUGCUUGUGUUUUCUGAUCCUCACCUGUCGCCGCCACGCUCUGACUGUGCAAAGCCACUUUUUUCUUUGCCUCCACCUUUAGAUCAGACCACUUCUUCUUGAUUUCAGCAGUGUUGUUUUCGUCAACGUCAUCGUCAACGAAAACAAAACUCCACGUGUUUGCGCGCGCGCUUGUGUGUCUGUGUGUUGGAGGAGCACAGCAGGCUGAUGAGAGCUGUCAGAGCGGACUGAAGCUGCUCCUAUAUGUUUAGCGUUUAACUGACUGAAUUUUGCAACUCUGUUCGUCAUUUUUGUCUCGUCCCAUCAACGUAAACGCACUUUUGUCUCGUCACAUUUUAGUCAUCUCCGACUUAUGUUAAGCUCGUCAACGUUACGUUUUCGUCGUGGAAGAAAAGGGAAAUAUUUUCGUCAACGAAAACAACCAGUGUUGUUCUUGUUGACAAAAAUAUUUCCCUUUUUUGACGCUGGCGUUGACGAAAAUAUUUGACGAAAUAUGACGAAAACAACACUGUUUCGGCAACGCUGCGCUCAGUGGCAGCCGCAAUUACCGCCACAGCAACGGCAUUUUUAUUGGUGAUGCCACUCGAAUGGCCGCCGAAAAAGGUCUCCCGUCUCGCCGCCACCUCAUUUACAAGAAUCUCCACCUCGGUCUCUGAAAAGUUUCGGUAACACUUUAUAUUAAGGUCCUUGUAAUAAGCAUUAGUUAAUAGGUAAUAAGGCCCUUAUAAGUGUGUACAAGAUGCUUAUUAACAUUAUUAUUUGUUUAUACGACUAUAUAUCUAUUAAUAGUCUCAUUAUAAUACAGUUAUUAGCAGACUUUAAGAGAUUUAUAAUAACUUAUAAGAAACUUGUUAACUGUUUGUUGAUGCUUACGAACAUUAAUAAAAUCCUCAUGAGUAUCUUAUAACUGUUUAUAAUAACAUUAUAAACACAUAUAUUGACUCAACUAGACCAACCAUGAUGGCUUUAUCAUGCCUUUAUUAAUCUUUUUGUUUGAUUUAUUAACAUUAAUAUACACUUUAUUGCUCAUCCACUGUAAGUUAACUAUGCACUUGUUUACAGUUAACUGUGCUUUUUGCAGGUACUGGAUCUAAAGUGAGAACAAUGUCUUAUUAAGGCUGAUAAAUCUUUUAUUGAGCAUUAUUAUGCCUUUAAGAAUAUUUUUUUCCUGCUUUAUCAAAAUAAAAUGUACUUUACUAUGCCCUUGUUAUCAGUUAACUAUGCACUUAUUAAGAGUUAACUAUGCCUUUUGCAGCUACCAGAUCUAAAGCGAGAACAAUGCCUUAUUAAGUCUCAUAAAUCUUCUAUUAUAUGGAGGAUGACUCCUCAUGAGGUAAUUUGCCAUGACCAUACAUGGUGAAUUUUGGGUAUGGAGAGGGCGGGGCAUGAAUCAAAUCCCUGCUGCGCAACUUUCCAGCUGGUCUGUGAUUUAUAAAGGGAAAGUGCGUGCAGGUGUGCGUAGGCAGGGUUUUAUAAAUUAGAUUUUUUUUUGGCCUACGCACUUUUCAGCUUUUCGACUUACGUACACUUUUAGUAUGGAUCCUACGCCAGGUUUUAUAAAUGAGGCCCCUGGACAUUACACACACCUGGGACCGAGACCGAGGUGGAGGUUCUUGUAAUUGAGGUGGCGGCGAGACGGGAGACCUUAUUCGGCGGCCAUUCGAGUGGCAUCACCAAUAAAAAUGCUGUUGCCGUGGCGGUAAUUGCGGCUGCCACUGAGCGCAGCGUUGCCGAAACAGUGUUGUUUUCGUCAUAUUUCGUCAAAUAUUUUCGUCAACGCCAGCGUCAAAAAAGGGAAAUAUUUUUGUCAACAAGAACAACACUGGUUGUUUUCGUUGACGAAAAUAUUUCCCUUUUCUUCCACGACGAAAACGUAACGUUGACGAGCUUAACAUAAGUCGGAGAUGACUAAAAUGUGACGAGACAAAAGUGCCUUUACGUUGAUGGGACAAGACAAAAAUGACGAACAGAGUUGCAAAAUUCAGUCAGUUAAACGCUAAACAUAUAGGAGCAGCUUCAGUCCGCUCUGACAGCUCUCAUCAGCCUGCUGUGCUCCUCCAACACACAGACACCCACACACGCACACACGUGGAGUUUUGUUUUCGUUGACGAUGACGUUGACGAAAACAACACUGCUGAAAUCAAGAAGAAGUGGUCUGAUCUAAAGGUGGAGGCAAAGAAAAAAGUGGCUUUGCACCGUCGGAGCGUGGCGGCGACAGGUGAGGAUCAGAAAACACAAGCACAUGUGACACUCAUGCAUGUGUUCCAAAAAAACUGCUCCGUUAUCCACCGCUGCUUAUGUGGUGAAAGUUCGUAAACCAAAAAGAUUUAGUCAUAUUAAUCUUAAAACAAAUGCAUGUAAAUGGAAUUUGUUUUUUUGCACAUUUGUAAAUUCAAAUUGGCAAACUUUCUACACCGCCGCAGUGGGGUCUGUGCUUUCUGCGAGCAUCACUGCCUGGUACAGCAGCUGCAGCUCUCAGGACAGAAAGGCCCUGCAUCGAGUCAUCCGUUGUGCUGAACGCAUCACCCGGACUGCACUGCCCGGCCUCCAGGACAUCUACACCCAGCGGUGCAGGUCCAGGGCAAGACGGAUUAUCAAAGACACUCACCAUCCCAACCACAGACUGUUUGAGUUGCUGCCCUCGGGUAAGAGGCUGCGCUCCAUCAGAGCCAGGACUGAGAGGCUGAAAAGGAGCUUCUCUCCCCAGGCCACUCGGAUCCUGAACUCCUCAUAAGACACACCCCAUAACUGACUUCUCAACACCCUCUGAACAGACUUUACAUUAUUAUUAUUAUGUUUUUUUUGGCACAAUCGCAGACGUCACUUUCAUUUCACUGCCACUGUACCUGUACAUUUAGGCAUGUGACAAAUGAAACUUGAAACUUCUGCUGCAUUGCGCACGACUGUCACUGUAUGGCUUUUUAUACGCGCGCUUUCCAUUAACCAAUUGUUCUCACUUUGCUCCGAUUGUCUCCAAAAAGUGCGUAAGCAAGGUGUGGAGUUUGCUUAAAGUUGCGCACAUUCCUACACUAGUUUUUUUUUUAUAAAUCCCAACUCUUGCGUAAGAAGUGGCGUAAGCACUUUCAAGCCAGGUUUUGUGCGUAAGCAAGCUUUAUAAAUGAGGCCCCUGGACAUCACACUCACCUCGAUAAUACACACAACUGGACAUAACACACACCUGGACAUCGCACACACCAGGGGGCCUCAUUUAUAAAACCUGGCGUAGGAUCCAUACUAAAAGUGUACGUAAGUUGAAAAGCUGAAAAGUGCGUAGGCAAAAAAAAAAAUCUGAUUUAUAAAACCCUGCCUACGCACACCUGCACGCACUUUCCCUUUAUAAAUCACAGACCAGCCGGAAAGUUGCGCAGCAGGGAUUUGAUUCAUGCCCCGCCCUCUCCACACCCAAAAUUCACCAUGUAUGGUCAUGCAAAUUACCUCAUGAAUGUGAUUUGCAUAUAAAUAAGCCUGAUGGAUCCACGGCAUUUCACGCUUAACUAUGGCAUCAGCAAGUCGUACAAAAAGAAACUUUUCAGAGACCGAGGUGGAGGUUCUUGUAAUUGAGGUGGCGGCGAGACGGGAGACCUUAUUCGGCGGCCAUUCGAGUGGCAUCACCAAUAAAAACGCCGUUGCCGUGGCGGAUAUUGCGGCUGCCACUGAGCGCAGUGUUGCCGAAACAGUGUUGUUUUCGUCAUAUUUCGUCAAAUAUUUUCGUCAACGCCAGCGUCAAAAAAGGGAAAUAUUUCCCAUUUCUUCCAUGACGAAGACGUAACAUUGACGAGCUAAACAUAAGUCAGAGAUGACUAAAAUGUGACGAGACGAAAGUGCGUUUACGUUGAUGGGACGAGACGAAAAUGACGAACAGAGUUGCAAAACUCAGUCAGUUAAACGCUAAACAUACAGGAGCAGCUUCUGUCCGCUCUGACAGCUCUCAUCAGCCUGCUGUGCUCCGCCAACACACAGACACACACGCGCGCACACACGUGGAGUUUUGUUUUCGUUUACGAUGACCAUCACGAAAACAGCACUGUGCCGAAAUCAAGAAGAAGUGGUCUGAUCUAAAGGUGGAGGCAAAGAAAAAAGUGGCUUUGCAUCGUUGGAGCGUGGCGGCGACAGGUGAGGAUCAGAAAAAACAAGCACGUGUGACACUCAUGCAUGUGUUCCAAAAAAAACUGCUCCGUUAUCCACCGCUGCUUAUGUGGUGAAAGUUUGUAAACCAAAAAGAUUUAGUCAUAUUAAUCUUAAAACAAAUGCAUGUAAAUGGAAUUUGUUUUUUUUGCACAUUUGUAAAUUCAUAUUGGCAAACUUUCUACACCGCCAUAGUGGGGUCUGUGCUUUCUGCGAGCAUCACUGCCUGGUACAGCAGCUGCAGCUCUCAGGACAGAGAGGCCCUGCAUCGAGUCAUCCGUUGUGCUGAACGCAUCACCCGGACUGCACUGCCCGGCCUCCAGGACAUCUACACCCAGCGGUGCAGGUCCAGGGCAAGACGGAUUAUGAACCACAGACUGUUUGAGUGGCUGCCCUCGGGUAAGAGGCUUCGCUCCAUCAGAGCCAGGACUGAGAGGCUGAAAAGGAGCUUCUCUCCCCAGGCCACUCGGAUCCUGAACUCCUCAUAAGACACACCCCAUAACUGACUUCUCAACACCCUCUGAACAGACUUUACAUUAUUAUUAUUAUGUUUUUUUUGGCACAAUCGCAGACGUCACUUUCAUUUCACUGCCACUGUACCUGUACAUUUAGGCAUGUGACAAAUAAAACUUGAAACUUGUGCUGCAUUGCGCACGACUGUCACUGUAUGGCUUUUUAUACGUGCGCUUUCCAUUAACCAAUUGUUCUCACCUUACUCCGAUUGUCUCCAAAAAGUGCAUAAGCAAGGUGUGGAGUUUGCUUAAAGUUGCGCACAUUCCUACACUAGUUUUUCUUUUAUAAAUCCCUCUUGCGUAAGAAGUGGCGUAAGCACUUUCUAGCCAGGUUUUGUGCGUAAGCAAGCUUUAUAAAUGAGGCCCCUGGACAUCACAUACACCUGUAACUCUACAUGGUUUCCACAGAAAUGCUGUGACUCUGUAACUCUCUUUUACCUAGAUGUUAGCUUAGCUGAUAGAUGUUGUGGUCUGGUGUUAUUUGUCUGUAUUCUGAUCUAUAAAUGAAGAUUUUGUUGGCUGUAGGCUGUCCAGUUAAACCGGUUAAUGCGGUUUAACUGGUAAAUAACUCAACCAGCACAAUCAUGUGGAUGUUAACCUGUGAGGGAGGCCAAAAAUACUGGCGCUGGUUCUGUAAAUGAGAUCUUCGACACUGCUAACCUGCACACUCUGUGAUCCUGUAUUGUGCUGUUUCCUGACUGUUUCUGGUCUUUGGACUGGUCAGCUAGUUAAAAUCUAAAUCUUUGUUGCGAAAAGGAUGUAAACAGGUGACCCCUGACCUCAGAGCAAGUUGGAGCCGCACUACAUGACUUUAAAAGACAGGAUCUGAUACCUCUGAUCAUUUUCAGACUGCAGGCAUUCAGCUGCUGGUCUGGUGGGUCCUGGACCAGGACCCUCUUGACCUGUCCUCAGAUUUCAGGAAUCCUGGUAUCUGUGGCAGGUCUAAAGGAUUUGGGUAUCUAAGGAAGGAUUCAAGUGUCUGAGGCUGGUCUGGAGGAUCCAGGUGUCUGAGCUCUGAGCAGCUGUUGGUCCUGGUUUUUGGUUGUUGGCAGAUGGGGCCUGCUGGAGUUUAGUCAGAGUUUGGAGUGAGUCAUGAGGUCUGUAAAAUCAGCUCAGACUCAUGUGGAACAGCAUGUGCCCAGCCUCAGGACCAAGAUCCUCUGUAGUUUUUUGCUCUGAAGAGGUUUUUCUUAAGUCCAGAUUCUCUGCUCAGCCUCAGAAUAUUUGACCUUUUGAUUUACACAUGUAGAACUGUUUCUGCAGACAAGUGUUGGUUGGUUAAACUGCUGCUGCUGCCUCUUCAUAGGAGGUAGAUAUGAAGGGUGACCAGCUCCUCGACCUGCACAUUUAGGGCUGUUCUGGGCAUGAUGUCUUUUAUUUCUUGAACAGAAGUUUAAUUUUUUUCUCAUAUAAAAAUAUCACAGAGUAGACUCACAGUUUUCUGAUGGCUCUCAGACGAUAAUAUUUUUGUUCAGCAGCCCCACCUGGUGGAUGUAAUCGGUGUUACAGCCACUAUUUAUUGAAGUGAAUGCGGAUCCACAGCCAAAGAGGGUUUCAGAGGUUUUGCUGAAGCUUUACAGUAGCGGGAAAAGGUCAACUGCGCAGUAACAAUGUACUGUAAACCUCAGAGGUGAACCAGAAGAAAGACCAGGACUGUUGGGGAUUCAGUCAGGGGAGUCCCCAUUCCGGAUUUGUUUCAAAGCUUGUGGUUUGGCUGCAGACUUGCUGUUUUCUGUCUCUCGCUUCUCAGGAGACUCAGGACAUUGCAGGUGCUCACCUGAUCUCACUUGGUCCCACGUUCUUGUAAACCUCAGAGCUCCUGCAGAUGAAGGGUCUGACUCUCAUCAGAGAUUCUGGACCCACUGGCCCCGUUUACAUGGGUAGUUUUCCUCAAUCUGAUUGAAAUCAGUCGGAUUAAGUGACUCUGAUUCCAUCUGUAUACAUGAACUUUAAGUAAAGAGAUCCACGUUCAGUCCGCGUUUUCAUGGCCCCAGCUGAAUCCAAUUGUAUUGUAUUGUAUCACUGGGAAUUGUUAAUAGGAACCACUGUUUUAGUUCUGUUUUAGAGUUGUGCACAGACGUGUUUGUGUGUGACACCGUCGGAGUUACCAGACCGAGCAGAGUAAGGAACCCGAUGGCUGUGUCCGAAAUGGCAUACUACUCCUACUACUCCUACUAACCCCGCCUCUGAAUUGAGUAGGCAGUGUGUUCACACUGUACAGUAUGCGAAUUUUGUGUAUGCGAGAAAUGCCCGGAUGUAUACUCAAUCGGCUUCAAUUUCUGAGUGUGGAACGGAGCUUGCUUCACGUACUGCUUCUGCCCCACAAUGCAUUGCGCACCUCAGCUGGUAAUAUGGCCCUCUUUCCCGAGGCUGAAAAGAAAUAGAUGGCAUGUGAUUGCAAUAAUAAUUAAAUAGAUAAACAAUAUUUAGUCAGUAUACAUUACACAAUUUUUAUCAUUUUAUCAUAUUUUGAUCUUUUUACCAGAUUUAUUUGUAUUUUAAAUUAGGAUUAUAGGUAAUGUUUUUAACUAUUCGUAUGAAUUGACUUUAUUUAUUUAAGUGUCUAUUAAAGAUGUAUUUAUUACAUCAAGUUUGAGCAUCUUCUCAUCUCUGAAUGCAUCAUCAAAGUGGUCACUCAUAUUAAGCACAGACCUCUUAAUAAACAUUAUUAUUGGUAGAGAGCACAUGGUUCAGAAUAUACAAACGGGGGAGUUUCCAGUUGACAAUGUAUAUGUGAGCUUUACUAAUUCUUACUUGUGGUUGAAAAUGUGAUGAUUUCUGAAAUUAUCAUUGUACAUGAAAAGAAUGUAGUCGGGAAAUGAUGUAUUUGCCAAGGAAUAACCGAACAAGGUCAUAAUAAUUAUGUUGUGUGUUGGUCAUUUUGCAGCCCUCUGCUGCUCAUCACACGCCUAGCAGGAGGUGUAUAGCAUUACCACCAUGGAUACACAGAUGUUUGUGUGAUUUUUUUCAUCCACUGCCGCCCGGUUUGUGUCGUGUAGAUGUUGAUUAUGAAAACACUUCACAAUAAUUUGGAAACGUGAAGGGGGAGCUGCUGCUGCCCGGUGUUUACGGUAAAUAGACGCAAACACCCACCAAGCGGACGCUUUGGUCUCCGAAAACGCCGAGACAAAUUUACAAACAGCCACUAUUUCAAACAACUGGGCUCAUAAUUGUGAUGUAAACACUUACUUUCUCGCUAGAAAAAAUAUUAUUAUUGAAUGAAUUUAUAUAAUUUGUCCGGAAUGCAGUCGUUCUGUGUAGCUUGUGGUAGGACUAUUUAAAUUUUCCCGGUGCUGCGUCCGGCCGGCACGAAAUGCAUUCUGGGGUAUUUAGUAUGCAUCUGUAUGUAAACGCUCGGGCAGCCGCGGCAUACUCAAAUCAUCUUUGAGUAGUCAGUAUGCAGUAGGUACUGCUUGAGUAGGUAAGUAGAUAGUAGGCAGUAUGCCAUUUCGGACACAGCCUAUGUGUUGAAGUUUAAUAAAAGUAUAAUCCAGCCGGGUUACACAGCAAGAAGUGUACGCUUCGUCAGUAGCACGAAACAACACACUUUAACACUCCACCGUCCAGUUUUUCUGUUUGUUCGCCAUGUUUGUUUUUGUUUGGGUGCGCUCUGCGUACGUCACUACGUGCCUCUUACGUACUACCGAGCGCCUGCGCAACAAGCCUCUCUGUAAACCAUAUGGUUUACAGAGAGGCUUGUUCGGUAAACUACAUAUACAUACUGAGAGUUAGUUUAAUAUUCCUAAUCAUUUAACAGAAUAUCAUAAGAAAGUAAAACUCAUUUUUGAGUGUGAAAAGAGCAUUUUGUAAGGGAUCAAACUGCCACUUAAUACUUACUUGACAAUGUAAAACAUGAUCAAAAUGAGAAAAUGCAGAUGUCUCACCUGUUUGCACAAUGUUUUUAUAUUUAAUUUUCAGCUGCUGCCAAGUGCACUUUGUCCCGGGUCAAACUACUCGGAGUUGCUAAAAUUGACUCAAAUCAGGUGUUGUGAAACCGGAAACUCAGAGUUUCCUAUCUCAGAGUAGAUCAACUCAGAGUUAAGGAUUUGACUCAGAGUUUGUUGAACCACCUAUGUGAAACGGACCCCUCAUCAGUUCUGACUGUUAUCAGGUGAUCCACCAUGGGUCAGGAUGUUGUUUGUCCUGUGAUGCCCCCUGGUGGUAGAUGUAGGAAAAGCUUCUUUUCCAUGUGGAGGUGACAGAUAUUUGUUUCUGGAUCAGACUCAGAGCACACCUCAUCAGACCAGUUUACAGAGGGUCCAGAGAUGAUGGUCAGACCUUAAAAACAGAAUCUGAAGUGACAGCAGCAGACCUUAUCAGACUGGUUUACAGAGGAUCCAGAGAUGAUGGUCAGACCUUAAAAACAAUCUGAAGUGACAGCAGCAGAACUUUUCAGACCGGAGGGUCCAGAGAUGAUGGUCAGACCCUAAAAACAGAAUAUGAAGUCUCAGCAGCAGACCUUAUCAGCAGAUCUGUCAGAGCCAAUCGUGGUUCACGGUAAGAGUUAAAUGAAUCACAAAUGUGAUUCAAAUCAAAUCCGAUUUCCACCAGAAGAUUCUGUCCUCAGUCAGGGUCCAGAGUCCCAUCAAAACCAUCAUAAAACUAGUUAGUGUUUCAUGUUUCAGCUGCAGAGCCUCAGUUUAUCUCUGCACAAGAUUUAAAAACAGACAGAAAAUAUCCCAUAAGAUUUUUUUUUUUCCGUGUUGAAGCUGAAAGUAAAAAAUGCACCCCCCCUCCCCACCCACUCCUUUAGCCCAGAGGCUGACUACACCAUCAGCAGCAAGUGGCCAGCCGUCUGGGUCAAGAUCACCUCCAGCUGGGUGUGUCUGGCCCUCUACAUCUGGACCCUGCUGGCCCCCAUGAUCCUGACCAACAGAGACUUCAGCUGA